AUGUCGACACCAUCGCCCGGAGCCACUGCACCAACAGCUGCCGCCGCCAUGUCGACCGCGACGACGAGUGGACCGCCGGCCCUUCCGCAACGACCCGCCACCCUCGCGAACAACGCGCUCGGAGCCGGCGCGAGCCCCUAUUCUUCGCUCCAGCGACCCGGCUACGGCGGACUCGGCGGCUACGGGUCCUAUGGGGGUGUCGGCGCGAUGGGAGGGAUGGGUGGAAUGGGAGCUUACUCCUCGCCGUACUCACGCUUCGGCGGUGGAUUCGGCGGAGGGAUGUACGGCGGCAGCGGAUUCGGAAUGGGCGCGGGCAUGGGCGCGGGCAUGGGCGGCUACGGAAUGGGAGGCGGCAUGGGCGACCCCAACGAUCCGAUGAGUCUCAGCCGGAACUUUGAGAAUUCUACGGCCGCGACGUUCCAGAUGAUCGAGAGCAUCGUCAGUGCGUUCGGAGGGUUCGCGCAGAUGCUCGAGAGCACGUUCAUGGCUACACACUCGUCCUUUUUCGCUAUGGUCAGGGUUGCCGAACAGUUCGGAAACCUCAAGAACACGCUUGGGUCGAUUCUGGGCAUCUUUACGAUGCUGCGAUGGGCACGCUCUCUCGUUGCCAAGGUCACAGGCAAGCCCCUGCCCGUCUCAGCCAGCGACCUGACAGCCGCAAACUUUGCGCACUUCGAAGGGCGCGCCGGGGCCCCGCGCCCCUCGAAGAAGCCAUUCUUCUUCUUUGUCGCCGCCGUAUUCGGACUUCCCUACCUGAUGGGCAAGCUCAUCCGCUCGCUCGCCGCCAAGCAGGAAGAGGAGGACAAGCGACGGAUGGCCGAGAACCCCGCGGCCGCCGGAAUGGACCCCAGCAAGCUGGAGUUCUGCCGCGUCAUGUACGACUUCACCCCCGAGCAGAACAACGGCAUCGAGCUCGAGGUCAAGAAGGGUGACUUGGUCGCCGUGCUGAGCAAGAGCGAUCCCAUGGGCAAUCCCAGUCAGUGGUGGCGGUGCCGUGCCAGAGACGCCCGCGUCGGUUACCUGCCCAGCCCGUACCUCGAGGGCAUCGUCAAGAAGGAACCCAUCGCCGCAGUGAAACAGAUCGAUAAUGGUCCUGUGGCGGCGGCGACGGCAGCAACGGCCCCCGCGAGUCGGACCGCCACUAUGACGAGUGCAAUCAUGAAGCCGACAAUCGCCGUCGACGGAAAGGCCGGGGAUAUCACUAUCGAAAGUUUUCAGAAGAGCGGAUUCAAUUCGUGA